AUGAUGAAGUCCGCAAUUUUCUUGAUAGCAGCGAUUAUACAGUUUUCAUACUGUGCAUCUGAGUCCGAUAUUGAGGUACUUCUGUCAGAAAUUUCUGAUCUCACGCUCUCUGAAGACGGGAAGCUUAAUUUUACACAACUAGUGACUAAAUAUGGACACACAGCUGAACAGUACGAAGUUGUCACUGAAGACGGAUACCUCCUCACGGUAUUUCACAUCCCUGGAAAUAGAUCUUCAAUACUAUUGGCCCAUGGUCUCGUAGCUGAUGCGGACCCUUUCGUCAUCAGAGGUCAUGGCUCAUUAGGCAUAGCUCUAGCGGAUGAAGGAUACGACGUGUGGCUCCUCAACAACAGAGGUACGAAGUUCAGCAGAAGUCACACUGAAUUGGACCCCGACAACGAGAAAAAAUUCUGGGAUUUCAGUUUACACGAGAUGGGCUACUACGACCUCGCCGCUACAAUAGAUUUUGUCCUCUAUCAAACUGGUGAGGAAAAGAUUUUGGCUAUCGGUCAUUCUCAAGGACCAUCACAAUUCUUCGCACUAACGUCACUGAGACCAGAAUACAAUGAGAAGAUAAAAUUAUUUCUGGCAUUAGGACCUGGUGCAUAUUUCUUUAAUAUGCCGCCUUUGUUCCAAGUAAUUGCUGAUGCUGGUCCUUUGCUCUUAGAGCUUGCAAAAACACUCGGAAUUGAGGAAUUGUGUAGGGAUCGCGGUGCGCUACUCACCCUAAUUAAAACAGUUUGUACUAAAGGUAUUGUCAGCUACGAAAUCUGCGUCAAAGGUGUCAUUUUUCCUAUCCUCGGGUAUAACCCAGCAGGUUUCGAGUUAAGCUUCUUACGAACCUUAUUUGGUCACGCUCCCAGCGGGUUCUCAAGAAAAUGUUUAGAGCAUUACGAUCAGCUUUAUUUGCGUAAGAAAUUUAGCCAGUUCGAUUAUGGUGUUCUUGAAAAUCUGAGUAAAUACGGGCUUUCAAAUCCACCAGAUUAUGACUUGAGCAAAGUAACAGCAGAUGUAGCCCUGAUGGCUGGAAAGCUUGAUGAACUUUCUCUUAUAGAAAAUGUGAAAUUAUUGAAAGAGAAUUUGCCGAAUGUGGUACAUUUUGAGGAAAUUGAAGAAACGACGCACAGUGAUUUCGUUCUAAGUCGAGAAGCGUCUAUAUAUCUAUUUCCAUCUAUCUUCAGCCUUCUUCAGAAUUAUGAUUAGCUUGAAAGUAAUUUAUG